AUGAAAAAUGAAAAAAUGCAAACAUUUUUGAUAAAGACUAUGAUUGGUAACAAUUCAUAAAUAAAAAAAUAGACAAUAACAUUUAAGUUUAUAUUGAUGAUAUUAGUAGGUAUAUAUAAAGAGAUUGAUAGUGUCAAGUUAAGCGAAGUUUGAAUAAGAUAUUGAAAAAGAAUCUUUGAAAAUUAGUAAAAGGAUAAGGAAACAAGGAAAGAAUUGUGUGGUUAUUAUUUUUUAGGGGGAGGAAAUUAUAAUUAAUAUAAAUAAUUAAUCUCCAAAGAUUUAUUAAUUAAUAUAUAUUUCUAAAUUCCUCAAAUAUUCCAUGGAUUAAAAAAAAUCAAAAUAUACUAUUCCGUCUUUCAUUAUUAAAUUGCAUACAAUAUUAGAAGACAUAGUAAUGAGUAAUAUAUAUAGGAAAAGAAUAAUUCGUCAAUAAUCACAUGGGCACCAUAAGGAGAUGCAUUUAUUGUUUUAAAUCCAGAAUUAUUGGAACAAUAGAUAUUGCCUUAGCAUUUUAAACAUAAUCACUUUACUUCUUUCUUGAGACAGUUAAAUAUGUAUGAUUUUUAGAAGAUUCGAAAUCAGAAUAAUUAAUAAGUGUUUUGGCAUUAAAAUUUUUUAAAAGGAAAAGAGUAUUAUUUAAUAAUAAAUUAGACAUCUAUUAGUUUUGUUAAAAAGAAGCUAAAACAAGAUGUAAUAAAAAUAAAGGUUUAAUCAUUAAUGUUAUUAAAGAUUUUUGAUAGAUGAAAUCACUUCAAUAAAAUAAAAUUUAAAAUAAGAUGAAUAAUAAUUCACUCAUAUUAUUAAUUAACAUGAGAUCAUAUUAUAAUAACAUAAAUAAAUAUAUUUAGAUUUACAAUAACAAAGAGAGUAAAUGGAAAUUAAAUAUGAGAAAUUAAAUGGAUAAGUUUAAUCUAUAAUAAGUUGGUAUAGAGUAGAUUCAACUAGUUAAUAUUUAGAAAGCUGUUCUUAAGAAGAAGAACGAUCAGAAUGUUUUUAUUCCUAAAUUCUCUGA